AGCUAUUGCGCUUUGGCCCGAAAACGCCCCCACCUACGAGAAGGCGAAGAGGUUGUUCAAAACCGACCCAGGUGCGUGGGAGACCACCGGAGAAAAAGAAAAGUUUUUGGACCUUGUCGGGAAACUCGAAAAGCAUAAGCCGGGCUGUAGCACUACAACUACUUCAGUGGACCGAGGAGCAGACGCGGUCACGGAAAUAACUCGCCGUGACGGUGUUUCGCACUGGUACUACCUCGAAGAUGUUAAACGGGAAAAUAUACGCGAGUCGCGGGCAUGGACGUUUGACCGCCAAGUGUGGGAAGAAAUGCUGAGCGGCAUCGUGAAAGGCAAGCCCCGUUUCCAACCCGGGACCGUGAUUGUCGGCGGACUUUCCGCUUAUAAUCGCGGCGUUUAUCCCUUUCCCGACCUGGUUCCCGACGUGAAACAGGAAGACUUUGUCGAGGAUCGCGAUGCUUGGCACUGGUACUAUGAUCCCCGGAAGGGCGGUCGGGAGUGGACGUGGAAUCACGACGCCUGGGAGAAAAUGCUGAGCAAAGUCGUGAAACAUGUGAACAAAGUCGUGAAGGAGGAGGAACAUCGUGUCAACAACAAAUUCGUUAAAGAAAACAACAAACUACAGACACAGCAGACCAGUCCCCUGACCAAGGUGAAAAAAGAUGAAUCCACCCCCGUUUUUCCCCGGAGCCCCGGCAUUGUGGGUUUGUACGACCAAGCUAUUGCGCUUUGGCCCGAAAACGCCCCCACCUACGAGAAGGCGAAGACGUUGUUCAAAAACGACAAAAGUGCGUGGGAGACCACCGGGGAAAAAGAAAAGUUUUUGGACCUUGUCGGGAAACUCGAAGAGCAAAAAACUUCGACGGCGGGUGCACCUGCUCCGACUUCCGGCGAACAGGCUCUCGUCCAGCAGGUGGUGAGCAGCUGCUCAGGUACUCCGGGAAUGAAAAAAUUUUGUCGAUGCCCCGAGGCGGAGAAGAGGUAUGGCGACGGUGUCUCGUAUCGCAAGAAAAAACUGUUUCACUGUAUAAAGGAUUUUGCAAGUUUUGCAUUACAAGUUUGUUACACAUGACAAAGAAAGCUUGGCAUGCGUGCUUCCUAAGGGAAAACACAGCUAAAAAUCCAAUGUCUUGCAUGUGUAGCUGCAAGACAAACACAUUUACGCUCCGUUCUAUGCAUCACAAGUUUACAGUGAAACAGUUUUUUCUUGCGAUAUCUCGCACUGGUACUUCAAUGAACAAGAAGGUGAGUGGGAAUGGACGUGGAACCAAGAAGAGUGGAGUCGAAUUAUCACAAGGAAAAUUCUCCCCUCCCCAUAUCAAAAUGGAAAUUUGUCAUGCUGAUUCGUCUGUUCACAAAUCAGAUUUGUGUUGCAGUAGAGGACAGCAGGUAGAUGCAAAGCCUGGAGAGGGGCCGCGCUGAGGGGUGCUGGGCGCUUAACGUGGCAGGCGGCUGCCGACCUGUAGGCCUUGCAGCACCACAGACCGCCUGCAUAACGGAUCUGGGAUCUCUGACUUUGCUCUCUUGCAAGACAGACAGGAUUUGUGGUCACAAAUCUGCAUGACAAGGGCGCGCUUUCAAUAUGGGGAGGGGGAUUUUUCCUCACAAUACGAAUGCUAGAAGGCAUCGAGAAAGGCAAGCCCUUCUUCAAACCCGGGGCCGUGAUUGUCGGCGGGCUAUCAGCGGCUUCUAAGAUCCCGUUCGUCUCUCCCGUUCCCGACCUGGUGGUCGAGGAUCGCGAUGCUUGGCACUGGUACUAUGACGCCCAGAAAGGCGAAUGGGAAUGGAUAUCCAUUUUUGCAAAAUAAUUUAUCGUACUUCUACGAGUGGUAUGAAUUGCAAAAGCACCGUACUCGUAUAAAUGCAUUACAAAUUUCCUUAGCAUGAGUAAUAAAGUUUGUAAUGCACAUUUGCCUUGGGAACAAGAUUUGUAAUGCAAGACUUGCAUUUAUACGAGUUCGAGUACGAUACUUUUGCACAGGAUAAGUGGUAUUCUUUGCAUUUAUUCUCGCAUUACAACAACUAUUUUUCUCAACGGGAAAAAUGGGUUUUUGUGAAAAAUGCUAAUGCGGAGUUAUUUGCUUGAGAGUGGAAAGGUUUGUAAUGCAUGAUUGCAGCUAAAAUACCACGAGUAGUUGGACGAUAAAGAUUCUUUCGCACAGGAUAAGGGACGUGGAACCACGAAGCGUGGGAAAAAUUUCUAUCCAAAGUCUUGAAGGAGAAAGCCUUGAUACCGUGAGUAAAAACGUCCCCACACCAGAGUCAGGAUGGGGAUUUGCAACACAAACCUAGGAGUUUUGUGAGUCACGCAUGACAAGUUGCACUAUGCAGUGUAGUGCAGGUUAGCAAGUGCAGCCGCAUCACAGAUUCAUUUGCUCAUCCUGUUCACAGCAUCACAACUUCCAAAACACGAUUAGAAAUGGACCUCAUGGGGAUGCGUAUUACAAGUCGUCCUGUCCUUGCAAAUCUGCAUUACAACUCUGGUGUGGGUACGUUUUUACUCAGGAUACUUGAAGAGUUUCGCGAACCGCAUGCAGUCGGGUUUAGCGUUGCCUCGCGAGGAACCCCUGGUCUUGAAGAAGAAAUCCCAGAACAAGGUUAUGCAUUGCAAAUAUGUUGUCUGGGUCUGGAUAUAAUUUUUGAGGGUGCAACUUGUUAUGCUGAAUUCCUUUCAGACAACACAUCACAAAGAUCUUGAUCUGUGUCUGUCAUGCAUGAGCUUCCGUUGGUUGCGCGCGCGUUCACUCUAUGGGUGAAUUGCGCAGAGAAGGUGAAAUUAUAUGCGACGCGUAGCGAUUAUAUCAGUUCACAUGAUCAAGCAAGAGGGUUGCACAGUCCGACACCGGGCUGGCUGUCCGGUGUCGACCAGCUUCGGCUGGGUCUCUGUCCUUUGUCCAGAAAUACCGCAUUGUCUUGGCUCGCCUAGAUUUUGCGUUUUUUCCCACCCUCCCACCCGACUUGAGGUUGCGAGACCCCUUGCGGCACCCCUCGCAAGCCCGCCCAAGAUAUUCGGCGGUCCCAGUCGCGCCUCGCGGCUUGGACCACCUCUAUGUCCGGGGCAUGGCUCUGUGGGGGUCGAGAGCCUGGCUUGCAUGGCCUGCUACCCGUAGCUCGCUGUGCCGGCCGGGUUCUCUCUUGGCUGCCAUUGUGACUGUCGCUCGAGGUCUUGCGACUAUCACUGCGACGCGCUUCUGCACGUCAUUCGCUUCCGUUGGUUGCGCGCGCGUUCACUCUAUGGGUGAAUUGCGCAGAGAAGGUGAAAUUAUAUAAUCGAGGGUGCAACUUGUUUAUGCAAUUCAUUUCAGACAACACAUCACCAAGAUCUUGAUCUGUGUCUGUCAUGCAUGAGCAGCAAGUGCGGCCCAAAUAAACUUGGCACCAGAAAUUAUAAAGGGAAUUUGAUGUGAUGCGUAUAACUCGGCAUUGAGAUGACACCAUCUCAACAAGACGCGUCAUGCUAUGGCUUGCAUGCCAGACCUUCUACUGGGUAUCUAUGGUAACGCAAAAGAACCUGCAUGACAAACUUGUGCACUCGUCAUCCAGAGGACCCAGACCACAUAUUUGCAGUGGAUAAAGAUGCGCUAG